UCAACAACCAGUGCUCUCUUCAGACUCUAGCUAACAUCUCUAGCUGCACUUGUUACUGCUCUUUCUAUCAUCUUCACAGCAAGAAUCAAGAUUUGUUUAGGCACUAGUGUCUUCCUCCACCAAAAGGAAAAGCAACAAUGUCCGGCAUCAUGAAAGUGUUUCUGCUCCUGGCUGUCAUCGUCUGCAUCACUGAAGCCCAACGUCAUCAAUCAGGAGGCUGUCUGUGUCAACGUGUCAGUAGUAAAAUACGCUCAAAAGUAAAGGACAUCCAAAUCUACCCGGCAACCACGUUCUGUGACAAAGUGGAGAUUGUUGUCACCGACAGAAGAGGACUUCGCUUUUGCCUGGACCCUGAGUUGGCGGCAGUCCAGAGACUCAUGGCUUCCAUCAUAAAAGCCAGAACCACAGCCAGACCAGCUGCGCUCACUUCCAGCCCAGACAGCACCAACACAGCUAGCCUCUAAUUCUUUCAACUCCUGGGAUCCAAAAGAAGCUAAAAUGACCUCUGACCCUGUUUGAAAAGGAAUGUAGAUGUGGAAUGAAUGAAACUGUUUGUCUAUUUAUCCUCUAUUUAUACUCAUGUGCACUGUAGUAUAUCUGUUAUUUUUUACAUUUCUUUUAUUCGUUUUUGUAAAUUAAUGUAUGUGUUGAACCAAGUCCUUUGCCUUUUGGUAAUUUAGUGUUUUUCUAAAUAAAUAUAAAAUCAAU